GAAACGCGUCGUGUCCAUGUUGCCGAGGCGGAAGGAAGAUUCUGUAGCGUAAAAUUAAAAACAAAGCAGUUUUGAAGAUUCUGCUAAUAUAUUUAUUUGUUUGUACGCUGCCAUGGUGAAAUUAAGAGCAAGGUGCCUUCUUGUAGGAGAUCCAGCAGUGGGGAAAAGUGCUCUCUCUCAGAUGUUCCGGAGUGAUGGUGCACACUUCCAGAAGAACUACAGUAUGACGGCUGGAGUGGAACUGGUUGUGAAGUCAGUGAACAUCCCAGAGACCAGCGACAGUGUGGAACUGUACAUCUUUGACUCUGCCGGGAGGGAAACCUUUGUUGAAGCAUGUGAGAAGUUGUGGGGCCAGCCGUCUGUGUUGUGUCUGGUGUUUGACGUGAGCAGUGAGCUGUCAUUCAGUAACUGUGGUCGCUGGCUGGAGAGGGUCAGGGCCCACUGCCAGGGUCUGCACAUCCCAGGUGUGUUGGUGGGUAACAAGUCGGACCUGUCCUCGCGGAAGGAGGUGGAGACCUCGGUGGCCCAGGAGUGGGCCCAAAGCCAGGGGCUGCAGUACCACGAGACGUCCGCUAAGGAGAUGGAGAACUGUGAAGCUCCCUUUCUGAGUCUAGCCCAGCUGUUCCACGCUCUCUACCAAGAUAGACUACAGACCAUACAGAAUCUGGCCUAACAUUCUAGAACCUGGUCUAACAUUCUAGAACCUGGCCUAACAUUCUAGAACCUGGCCUAACAUUCUAGAAUCUGGCCUAACAUUCUAGAACCUGGCCUGACAAUCUUGAUCCUGAACAUUCUAGAACCGGGCCUAACAUUGUAGAACCUGCACAAUAGAAUCUGGCCUAACACAUAUAAAUAUCUAUUACAUUGUAUAUAUUCUGUUUCUCUAGAAAGGAUAUAUGGAUUAUAUUUCUAUGGAUUCUAGGACCUGGCCCAAUGUUCUAGAACUUGGCCCAACAUUCCCUAAGUGAAAAAUACUGCCUCUGACAGUGAGACAUCCACCUUACAUUGGGGUGGAGAUUAAGAUGAAACUGUUAUCUACAAUAAUUCAUGUUCUGUAUAUUCUUCACGUUGUCUGAGUUAUGCAGGAGAACAUGAUAACUUGUAUUAAAGUUUGUGAUUUCUGUACAGUA